AUGGGCGACCCAUACAAUCCUUACACUGCCUUUGCGACACCCGCACCAGGCGGAGUCGGCUACUAUUCCGCAGAACAACAGCACCAACAGCAGUAUCAGUAUUCUACGCAAGGACCGCCCACAGACUAUCAACUCUCUCAACCGGGGCCUGGUCCCGAAUCGAGCUGCAGCUACACCCCGCAGCCCGGACUGAAUCCAAACGCACACCACCUUACGUCUGAGCCAUAUCCCGCUGCGACUCCAAACAGAAGUCAUACACCUGCAGGGCAGCCGGACUAUCUGGGUCCUGUACAUGCGCUAGGCCCACGGCCCGCAAGCGGGGAUGGAACCAAAGUCCCCGAGAACUUGAGUUACUAUUAUCCAUCAGAGGAAACUCCACGCUACGAUCCCCCGGCAAGCCCACGCCCGCCAUCCGUUCACGUCAGUAAUGCGGACGAUCGACACCAGGAUCGUGAACACAAUCGUGAGGGGGAUGGUCAAACUGGUGAUUUCGAGGGUGAACGUGGGAUUGGGGGCUCCUUGGUCGGUGGUGCAGCAGGGUACUAUCUCGGAUCGAAGAAGAACCACGGUCUACUGGGUGCUAUUGGCGGUGCGGUGGUGGGCAAUAUGUUGGGUAACAAAUUGCGGGAUCAUUCCGAUGAUGGGCAAUCAAGUGGACAUCGACAUCGACAUGGGCAUGGGCAUCAUCGUCAUGAUCAUGAUCACGGGCAUGAGAGCAGCCAUCAUUAUGGACCUCAUCACCAUCACCAUCGUGAACAUGAUUAUGAGCAUGGCCGCCACCAUCACCAUCACCACCGACACAGUGGUAGUCGCAGUCGCUCGCGCCACGCUGACGAGGACGAUUAG